AUGAAAAAAGCUUCUUACCAGCCUCGUAAUGGACGAACCUCGCAUACCUCAACAAAACCUUCCACGAACAGACUUCAAGAUGUUCUUUCUCCCUACACUCGCAAUGCCCCGGAAGUUGUGAAGCACCUGAAUAGUCGUGGUUUGGAUGGUCUUUCGCAUAGGGACGCGACAGUCCGACUUGAGGAAUAUGGCGAGAACGUCCUCGAUGGGGGCGGUGGCACCUCCGUUCUCAAAGUACUCGUUCGCCAGGUCGCAAAUGCCCUCACGCUCGUCCUCGUUGCCGCUAUGGCCCUUUCGUACGGUGUACAAGAUUGGGUCGAAGGCGCAGUUAUCACUGCAGUCAUCGCCAUCAACGUUAUCGUCGGUUUCUUUCAGGAAUACAAAGCAGAGAAGAGUAUGGACGCUCUACGAUCCCUCUCGUCGCCCACUGCCAAUGUCAUCCGAGAUGGAGAACCCGUUUCUGUACCAGCUCGAAAUGUCGUGCCCGGAGAUAUUGUUAAUAUCAAGAUGGGCGACGUUGUACCUGCCGAUCUGCGAUUGAUCUCUGUCUUGAAUUUGGAGAUCGAUGAGGCGCUAUUAACUGGGGAGGCGUUACCUGUUCAGAAGAACACUGAUGCCAUGAAAGUUGAAGUCGAGUCUACCGGCGAAGCGUCGACUAUUGGUGUAGGUGAUCUUUUGAAUAUGGCUUUUGCCAGUACCGUAGUCACGAAGGGUCGCGGGUGUGGUGUGGUUGUGGCGACUGGAAUGCAAACCCAAGUGGGUGGCAUUGCUUUCUCUAUGAGUAAAAGUCGUCCGGAUGGGAAAGAAGAGUUACCUAAGAGCAUCCGUAUAUAUGAGAAGAUUAUGACACUGGCAGGUCUUAGGACUGGUACGCCGUUGCAAAUCAAGCUCAGCAAACUUGCGUAUGUUUUGCUUGUCGCAGCUAUCAUUUUGACGAUCGUUGUAUUCGGGAUUGCGAAGUUCGAAAUAUCUACCGAAGUCGCAGUUUAUGCCAUCGCGCUUGCUAUUGGUGUUAUUCCUGAGGGUCUCAUUGCCGUCUUGACUAUCACAAUGUCAGCCGGAACGAUUCGCAUGGCUAAAGAACACGUUAUUGUUAGAAGACUCAAUGCGCUUGAAGCCCUCGGUGGUAUCACUGACAUUUGCUCUGAUAAGACUGGCACGCUGACGCAAGGCAAGAUGAUUGUCAAAAAGGUUUGGAUACCAUCAUCCGAUUCCUCACCCAGGGAGUUCGAUGUCGAAUCCACCUCUGGUGCACUCAACCCCGAGGGUCGCGUGUUGGAAGGUCAUGAUGAGAAACAAGUUGUUAUUGAUCCAAUUGGGAUGGAUUCCGGGUUAAAGGAACUUGUCACAGUCGCUUCGCUAUGCAAUGUUGCUUCGAUAACCAAGGACAAAGAAAACGACAAUGUCUGGACUAGCACCGGUGACCCGACGGAAGUGGCUCUCCAAGUCUUCGCCCACAAGCUGCAAAUGGGUCGGCCUUAUCUCAUUGUUGAUUCUGUAUUAAACUCUUCCGAUGGAGACACGAUCGACACAGUAUUGGAUGAGAAGAAUUGUCCAACACAAAGCUCCAAGCGGUAUCAAUUAAAGAACGAGUUUCCCUUCGACUCCUCCCUCAAACGGAUGUCCACAGUCUAUGUCGAUCUUCUCCACCCUCUGCAGCCACUUUUUCUCCUCAAAGGCGCCGUCGAACGUGUUUUGGAUGCUAGUACUUUAUACUUGAAAAACGGCAAAGUUGCUGGGUUAACCCAGAAGGACGACGUUAUAACCAAUGCGGAAGUUGCCCCCCUCGACGAGGCUGCUCGGAACGUCAUCUUGACUUCAGUGGAAGAUAUUGCUGCUCAGGGAUUACGAGUGUUGGCACUGGCAUCGAGGAGGUUUGAUCUCAGAGGAGAUAUCGAAGAGAAGGAUCCUUUGGGGUGUCUCGUUCGAGAGGAAGUCGAACGCGAUUUUGUUUUCCUCGGUCUCGUGGGCAUUUACGACCCUCCCCGCCCAGAGAGUAUCUCCGCUGUGAGGGCCUGUAAGGAGGCGGGUAUCACUGUGCAUAUGUUGACUGGUGAUCAUGCUGCCACUGCGACAGCUAUCGCCAAGGAGCUCAAGAUCGUGGAGCCGGACGCCCCCAAGGGUGUGAUCAUGCACGCGACGGAAUUCAACAAGCUUACGAACCAAGAAAUCGACGCGCUUCCUGCUCUUCCGCUCGUCAUCGCACGUUGUUCCCCCGAAACCAAGGUCCGUAUGAUUGAAGCUGGACAUCGUAGGGGAAAGUAUCUCGCCAUGACUGGUGAUGGUGUCAACGAUGCUCCUGCUCUCUCUUUGGCCCCAGUUGGAAUUGCGAUGGGUAUGGCUGGAUCGGAUGUUGCCAAAGACGCUUCGGAUUUGGUGUUGACUGAUGAUAAUUUCGACUCCAUUCGGUCUGCUAUUCGCGAGGGCCGAAGACUGUUCGAUAACAUCCAGCGAUUUAUUCUUCACUUGCUCACUGUGAACGUUGGAGAGGUCUUGCUUCUGGUCAUCGGGCUGGCAUUUAAAGAUCAUCAUGGAGAGUCUGUUUUUCCGUUGAGUCCGUUGGCGGUGUUGUGGAUUAAUAUGAUCACUUCAAGUGCUCCUGCCUUCGGAUUGGGCCUCGAGAAAGCGUCUGUCAACGUGAUGAAACGACCUCCCCACAGUAUGAAAGACGGUAUCUUUACUUGGCCAGUCAUCAUUGAUGUUAUUUUUUACGGUGUAAUUAUGGGUGCCACUUCCAUGUUCAGCUGGGUUGCAGUCAUGUACGGUGGCUUCGAUGGUCGUUUAGGAAGCGACUGUAACGAGGCAACGGAUCUUGGAGCCUGUAGCCCUGUGUUCCGUGCUCGCUCCACUGUCUUUGCGACGCUCAUAUUUGACAUCUUGUUUUAUUCCUGGGAGCUCAUGUCCCUCGAUCGUCCCCUUGCGAACAUGACUCCCGGACAGCCAUUCUGGGUCGACUUGUGGGGAAAUCAAGUUUUGUUCUGGUCGGUUAUCAUCGGAUGCGCUAGCGUUCCGUUGACGAUUUACAUACCUGGAUUGAACACCAAGGUCUUCCAUCAAACGGCAAUCACUUGGGAAUGGGGUGUUGUCGUUGGCAUGACUUUUGUGUUCGUUGUGUCUUGUGAAUUGUGGAAGGCGCUUGUCAGGGGAAAGUCUUGGUAUGCUAAGUUGGCAAGGUCAGAGGAACAGUCGACGGUAGUGACUCAGAGACCCGUUGGUGAUUAUGAAGCUUAA